AUGACUAAAGAAUAUCAGAACGUACAGUACUACUACUGUAUAGACACGUUCUAUAUACCUACGCAUUCACUGCAAUCUGCAAUAAUAGUCAUAAUUCAUAAAUUAUUAUAUAAUUUAGAUUUAAAAUUUAUUCAUAAACAUUGUACACGAGUUCUAGUAAAUAUGAUUAGUAAUUCAAUUUCCAAAUCUUUAGACGUUUUAGACAGAUCAUCUUCAACAACUGUUGGGAAUUAUUCUUUAAAUGACCCGAGCGAAGGUACCGAGUUAAAUAAACAGACAAAAUUCAUCAAUACAUUAGAUGUUGCACAUCUAAAAGAUUUAAAAAUGUAUUUUUUUUAUUACGACGACAAAGAACAUCCAUUAAAUAAGGACGAAUUUUUAGCAGCAAUAUGUUCAGUAAUUGGUAAUAAUUUAUAUGUAAAGGAGGCUGAUGAUUUUUUCGAACAAGUGUGUGUUGAAGAUUUUAAUACAAAAGAAGAUGUUAUACACUGGAAACAACUUUUGAAUGAAAUUCGAUAUAGUACAUAUUUUUUUCGAGAUGUCUGGGACGCAUUACCUUUUGACCAAAAUAGCAUAACUAUGCAUUUAAUGUCACAUUGUAAACAUGAGUCCAUAGUCAAAGUGAUUAGCAUAGAAACAGAAGAAUUCUUUUGUUACACUGUUUUUUCUCGACUAGGCCAAGUGGGCAUCUACGACGGUCAUUUAAACUUACUAAGGGAAUAUGUAAUACAAUUGUCUCAAUGCCCCGAUGAUUUAGUACGAGCAACUCGUCGACGGCGUAAUAUUUGGAUUAAUGACGCAAUAUACUUACCAGAUGCACAGUUUAUAACAAUUGCUGCAUCAGACGGCUCUAUCCAUUUUGUGGACACCGUUUGUUUAGUUCAUGUGCCAACUUUUUGUAUUACUGGUUUAAAAACAACGCCGACUUGUUUAGAAUACUGUCCUGGUAGUUCUUCACUUUUAUUUAUUGGUGAUGAUAAUGGCAGUAUUGCUCGAAUGGAAUUUCUUCAACCAAAACGAUCGUUAUUUAAACGAGAUCCAACAAAUAAAGUCGAUACAUACUUGUGGAAAGAUUUAGAAUAUCAACAACAAUGGGUUAAAAUAUACACAUGUGGAAUUCCAAUUCAUCCAGAUAGUAUUAAACAUAUUAUUUAUUGUCAAUCUGAUGAAGCUACAAUAAGUUGUUGUCAAGACCACAAACAAUCUCUAGUCAUCAAACAUAUAAGAGAUGAAUGGAAUCCAUAUGUAUUUCACAUUCGACAUGGUGUUCGAUGUUUUCAUUACAAUUCAACACUAAAAUUAUUAGUGACUGGAUGUUCACAUAAAGUUUAUAUUUGGAAUCCGGUAGUAACAAAAAUGUAUCUUGCUAAAUUAGAAGGGCAUAAAAAUUCAGUUGUAGAUGUUAGAAUUUUUGAACAUUUCAAUCUUGUGAUAAGCAUUUCAAAGGACGAAGUACUCAAAGUAUGGAGUUUAAAUACCUAUGCCUGUUUACAAACAAUACAAUUUGAUUUUCCAGUCUAUAAUGUACUUGGAAAAUCUGUUGAAUUUAGUAUUCGAACAUUUUAUCCAGGACCAAUCAUUAAGCAACCACCAGAAGAACAAGCGUCAUUAAAAUCCAUUGAUGCAAGUAAUAUAACUAGUGCACAAACAAGUGUUUAUAUGCCAAAGGAAAACUGGGAAUCUGAGGUAUUGAUAAUUGUUUGCUCUAACUAUUUAUCAACAAUAAAACAAAAUUUAAAGGAUUAUUCCCAAAAUCAUUCUCCCCUUCCUCCGCCAAUAGAAGAUAAAAAACCAGCGCUUCCAUCAGAAUGGAGUUUUAGCGAAACCGAUCAGAUUAUCAUCGACGAAAUUGAUAGUACAUUUAUAGAACCACCAAAAAUAGAUAAUAGCAAAAUAAAAAAUUUGCUAAUUAAUUCAAGACCUCCAUUAGACCAUGAAGCUUUUAACCUGGAUACACAUAAAAAACCGAUACAUACUAAAAUGAAGAAGCAUGUAGAUGAAAUGGUGAAAAAUGGAACACCUUAUUUAGCAAUGCAUUUAUGUCCCGUAUACAAAUUAGAACUAUCUAAAAAUUUAGUGUUGAGCGAUGCUACAAAAUCUAGGUUCCCGUUUUUAGACAAAAUGGAUGAUAUAUUUUGUGAUGGGAUUGCAUAUGACGAAAAAGUUAAGUCACCCACGAAAGAACAAAAUAAAAAAAAACAGAUUAACAUAAAACAUUUGAUGGAAAUUAUAAGUACAAUAAAAUUAGAUGAAGAUGAUGAUAUUGAAAAAACUAUAAACGAAUUUAUUUAAUAAUGUUUAUUCCUCACCAUAAAAAUAAUUUAAACCAUUAUAUAAUUGUAAAAUCUAAACAUUUUUUUAAAUGCUAUAAAAAUGUUAACAUUUUUAUAAAAACUUUUAUGAUUUAUUAAUGAAUAUUAGUAUCUUACUAUGUACAAUAUGAUUUUUUCGAUUACCGGUAAU